AUGGCGAUGGCGAUGGCGACGGGGACGGCGGCGAGCUCGUUCCGUCGCGACGACACGCCCCGCGUGGCCGCCGCCCUGAUCCGCGUCCUCGCCGUCGCCAAGGUCGCCUUCUCGCUGGUGAACGCGCCGUGCCUCCGGUACAUGAACCAGGCAGCGCUCGGGCGGAGCUGCACGGGCACCUUCUGCGGCGACCUGCUGGUCGGGGCCAUGGCGCACUCGUGGAGGAUGCUCGUGCAGGGCCUCGCGUCGCUGAUGUUCUUCUGCGCCCACGCCGAUGAGUACGUCCGGCCGCCACCGAGCCCGCUCGUGCUGAUGGCGCACGACAAGCCGGCGUCCCAUCCUCAGCAGGUACACAUCUCAGUUGUAGGGGCGAACAACAUGCUUAUCUCAUGGGUCACCGACGACCGGAACGCGCCAUCCGUGGUGGAGUACGGGACAUCCCCGGGCAAGCACACGGCGUCGGCGACGGGCAACCACACCACGUACCACUACUUCUUCUACAAGUCCGGCGCCAUCCACCACGUCACCAUCGGCCCGCUGGAGCCCGUCACGACGUACUACUACCGGUGCGGCAGGGCCGGCGACGAGUUCAGCUUCCGGACUCCGCCGGCCACUCUGUGCCCAUCGAGUGACCUCGGUCAGACGGGGUGGACGGCGUCGACUACGACAUGCUCCUGCUCCCCGGCGACCUUCUCGUACGCGGACACGCAGCAGCCGCUGUGGGACUCGUUCGGGCGCCUGGUGCAAGCCGCUGGCGAGCGCGCGGCCGUGGAUGGUGACGGAGGGCAACCACGAGAUGGAGACCCUCCCCGUCGUGGAGUUGGCGCCGUUCGCCGCCUACAACGCGCGGUGGCGGAUGCCGCACGAGGAGAGCGGCUCGCGCUCCAACCUCUACUACUCCUUCGACGCGGCGGGCGGCGCCGCGCACGUCGUGAUGCUGGGGUCCUACGCGGCGUGACUACUGCCAGGUUCAUCGAGGACCACAUCCUGUCGGUGUUCCGGGAGGCGAGUUUUGGGCACGGCCGGCUGAGGAUCGUCAACGAGACAGCGCCGUCUGGACGUGGCACCGCAACGACGACGAGUACGCCACCGUCCGCGACGAGGAUACAUCGCCGUACACACCAGCACAUACACAUGUAUAUUGCUCGGACCUCGUCUGGCGAUAUGCUUCAAAUUUGGAGGGUCACGAGUUGCCCAAUUGAAGAUUCAGUAGAAACGCGCACAACUGAUAUUGAAAUGUUCAACGAGGUUGACUUUGACAAGAAAGAUAUUUUGUAUAUUGACACCUUGAAGGAUGAUGCUUUGUUCAUUGGGCAUAACUAUUCGUGCUGUCUGCCCCCAAACAAUCACCCUAGGCUACUGCCCAACCAUGUUUAUCUCACCGAUGAUGACGAUGAAUAUUCGCUGAUGGAUGAUGAUGGCCAAUAUUAUCGUCGAGAUGUUGGAAUGUAUAAUUUGGAGGAUAGCAGUGUGAUUGAGAUAGUCUCUCCACAGCCCUGGUUGCAAUUGGCCAAUUCCCGUAUGGAUAACACCAAGUUUUACCAAGAUCAAUAA